AUGUCACCAGACAACAAAGAACGGCCCUCCUGUGAGGGGACUGUCUCCUGUUAUCGCGAAGUUCACGCUGAAAGCAACGGAGAGUCUGAACAAGCGACAGUCCAUCAUACUCAUCUUCCGACACCUGAAUCGCCUCGUCAAACUCCAAGAUCGGCGCCUGGGGCUAUUCUUGAUCGAAGUAGACCGCGAUUAGGAACGUCUCCAUUCUGGGCUGGUUCGAAAACCCAUCUUGGACCCAGAAGCUCUCCUGCUUCAUUUCGCUCUGGCAAUUGCUUUCACUCUCGGCAGCAAGCUUUUCCAUCAUCCUCUCCUGAACGACAGAUUUCAUCGCCAUUGGCCGAGAACCUUUGCUCGCUUUUCACACCUCAGCACGCCAGCAGAGGUACUCGCACUACACCGCCAUUGCCAUUGAGUUCCUCUCCAGUAACAAGUUUCACGUCAUCUUUAGCUCCUUCAGCCAGUCCAGGGGCUCGCUUGUCACACCCAAACAGCUCUCCUCUAAUCUCACAACCAAGAGGCCCAGAAGAGCAUAGCCCUAGGCUUGUAAUUCCCGAAGUACCUCAGAGGUUUGUGAGGGCGGACAACUGGUGGCAGAAGAACAAGCUUCUGUCUGUUGAAGCUGAGGCUCCUCCAGUACCGGAACGAUCACCUCUUCGGUUGCUUAUCAAGAGCCACAGCGCUCCAGAAGAUAGAGCUCUUUGGGAAGAACUUUCUCCACCUCCUCUUUGUGUUCGUAAAACCAGAGCCCGUGUUUCUCCUCACUGGGAAGAGCACAGUCCAUCAUCAAGUUAUUCUGCGGAGUUCUCUCAAGAAGAACAAAAUUCAUCAGCAUCUGAUCAAGCUUGUACUCGGCUUCUCGGUGAUCCGGGAGAGCUUGGCCCUGAGGUUAUCGCACACCGAAAGGCAACUCUUGAAAUUCUUGAAUCAUCGUCUUCUCCUGAGGAAGAGAUCUCAAUUGAAGCUGCUUACCAGGAAUUUAUCGCAGCAUCACCUGAAUCGGACGGAAAGAUCUCAAUUCAAGCAGCUUUUGCCAGGUUCAAAGAUCGUCGAGCUGCUUACGACUUCAGAAUGAAUAACUUGCACCCCGAUUCCGCAGCAGCGAUGACUGCUCAUCGCCGCGAGGCUGUCAGAUUGGCCCAGGAUCAGCAACGUGCCGUCAUUGAGAAAUGCACAAGAUCCAAACAAUCCGAACCCGAUUAUGCAUUUGAUGAGCUGAUAGGCAAGGGCAGCUUCGGCCGUGUGUAUAAGGGUCGACAAGUUUCUACCAACAAGGUAGUCGCCAUCAAAGUACUUGACAUUGAUGAUGCAGACUUCCAUGCAUAUGGCGAACAGAAAGAUGAGCAAAUCAGAGAUUUCAAUCGCGAAAUCAGCAUUCUCCGACAGGCCCAAGAUAGCGGUGCUGAAAAUCUCAACCCGAUGAUUGAAGCGAUGGCCGUUCAUAGUCAGUUGUGGUUGAUAUGUGAACACUGUCCAGGUGGCAGUGUGAAGACAUUGAUGAGGGCUACCAAUGAUCGUCUGUCUGAAAAGUACAUCAUUGUUGUUGCCAGAGAGCUAGCCAAAGCUCUGAAAGCGGCCAAUGUUCUUAUUCACCAAGAAGGUCGUCUUCAACUCUGUGAUUUCGGUGUCGCUACAGUGCUUGAUACUCGAACAGAUAAGCGAAAGACUUUCAUCGGCACACUGCAUUGGAUGCCACCAGAACUGUGGACUGAAAAUCCUGAAUACUCGGAUGAAGUCGAUGUCUGGGAAUUUGGCUGCACUCUUUAUGAAUGUGCAGUUGGACGACCUCCGAAUAGUGAUCUCCGUGAAAGACAACAACUUAAGAUGCGAUUGAGACGUCUCAAGCAGCCACUUACACUUCCAGAGAAAGAGACUUUCAGCGACGGCCUUCGUGCUCUUGUUUCUUACGCCCUCAACCCAGAUGUCGCCACAAGACCAUCCAUGAAAGAUAUUCUUGAUCACGACUUUCUCAGAGAGACAGACGAGACUCAUCCCACACACAGUCUCAGUGAACUUGUGCAGACCUACUACGGUUGGCUAUUCGGAGGCGGUCAACGUGUUUCACUUUUCAUGCCUGGCGGUGCGGCUGCUGCAUCGAAUGAGGAUCCAGAUAUCAACAUUGAUGACAUUGAUGAAUGGAACUUCGGUAUUACUCAGGACUAUGAGAGGCGAGUAUCAGCCAUACUUGAAAUCCCGGACUUUUCAGUCAUCUCACCAAGUGAAACUAUGGAGGGAGAAGAAACACCCAAAGGAGGAGCGAAUCGUUCAAGCCAUUCACCCCAAAUGUCACAUGCACAACUUGCCAAUUUCGAGGCUCGAGUCAAGCGUGGAGCAGAUUUGUCCAAUAUUUUCGAUCAAUCCAAACCCGCCUAUGAAUAUAAGACCAAGACCGACUUCAUCCCAAUACCAGAACAACGUCGCAUUUCAGACUUGCCUUUCCGAGCAAUGGCAGAAGAUCGACCUAGCUCGAUUGCAUCAAAUGUCAUCGACCUCGGCGACUUUGACGAAGCAGAUUAUGCUGUUGUUGCAGCACCAAGAACAGAUGAAGUCAUCCAAACUUCAUACCCUGCCACCCCGAGAAGAGGAGAAACGAUCAGACUCGCAGAUGCAUCAACCCUACGCGACAAACGAGCAAAUUCUAAAGGACCUAGAGAUCCACAAAACCAAUCCCUCACUGCCAGACGCACCUCUUCAGCGGAAGCAGUUCCCAGGAAUACAGUCACACACGACUUUGCGAUGUCUCAAGAAGACUGGACUGUUAAGAACAGAAGCAAAGCACCAGAAUUACAAGAACCAGCAGAAAUUACCUCAUCUCGUCCUGGCCAUGCAACAAUGGAUUGGUCUUUUGCCAGUGCCAUGUCUGAAGCAACAGUCUCGCCUCCGCCUCCACAAAUCAAUGAACCGGAGCCAUCUCCCGUGCAAUUUGACGAUCCUUCUGGCCCGACAGAAUCGACAGAAUCGACCGAGUUCGAGCAAAAGACAAGAAAGCAUGCAACCAUGGAAUGGUCUUUUUCUAGUGCUAUGGCUGAAGCAACUGUCACCGAGGAUGAACCAGAUGAACGAUCUUUCGUCCCACAAACCGAAUUGGUUAUUGACUCGUCUCCUCCCACAAUCAGACCACAACAGAUACAAUCAUCUCGUCCAACACCAACCAGACCGUCACCUCUCAUGCGUCAAAUGACAAUGCCAGUAACCAUGGAUGAUUUCGCACAAGUCGAAGAACAAGAUAUACCUCGCCCAUCGACAGCGUUGAGUGAAGCAUAUUCCGACAUCUCGACAUCAUCUACAGACAUCGAUCCUUUCGGCCUAGAGCGUGAGGACGACGACUACCCCGGACCAGAAACACUGGACGAAGACAUUGGAAUGGGCAUGAGCGCUUUUUACAGUGGACGAGGCCGAACCAUGCUCGGCGAGACAAGUGGAAUGGCAUACAGCUCGUCACCAGCAGCCGCGCCUCUCACAGCGUCCGGGCCAACACCAUACCCUCUAGGCCGCCCAGCACGAAUCGGCGAAGAAGGCUUCCCAGGCCAAUCAAUCAACACGUCAUCCAUCAUCAACCGCUCCGUGCGCGGAACCGGCGCUGGAUCCGGGUCAAGCGGAUACAACAGUCCCGCAACCGGGGGCGCCGCGACCUCAUCGUUGUCCAACAGCGCCAACCGGCCCUCUUCGUCUUCCUCCUCCAACGCCCAAGCACACCAUCCAACCACGGGCACCACUGCGCUCCGACCCGUCGUCGAGGUCCCCAGCGCAGCUCCCCCGAGCAUGGCGGCCCUCUCUGACGGUGCGAGCACCGCCGUCAUCGAAGCCGAACUCACCCGCAUGCUGGAGGAGAUGCAGGGGACGCUCAACGCGGCCAGGGGCGUGGUCGGUGGGUUGGAUAGGGGUUGGAGGAGAGAGAGGGAGAGUGAUGAGUGGGAGGACGAGGAGUAG